AACUGACAGGGUCACACACAGGACCAAGAAGGAGCAGGACCUCAGCAUUUUUACUUUUUAUUACAAAUGGAGAAACAUGAAGAUGUUCAAUACUGUUUUCAAGACAGAAACUCUUCUUGCAGAAAGGCUUUGCUAUCGACAUCUAUCUACAUAACACUGUACAUCUUCUUCUCAUUGAUUUCAGCAGUAACAGUAUUUUUGAACAUACUGGUGAUCAUCUCCAUCUCUCACUUCAAGCAGCUCCACACUACAACCAACCUGCUCAUCCUCUCUCUGGCUGUGUCAGAUCUCCUGGUGGGAUUGAUUGUGAUACCAGCAACGACUGUAGCAAUAAUGGAAUCAUGCUGGGGUUUUGGGGAAUAUUUCUGUGUGUUUGAAUUCUACAUUGCUUGUUUAUGUACUUCUUUAUCUCUGGGAAAUUUGGUAUUGAUAUCUAUUGACCGCUAUGUUGCUGUGUGUGAUCCCUUAUUGUACCACUCUAAAAUAACAAUAACAAGAAUGAUGUGUUGUAUAUCCAUUACCUGGUGUUGUUGUAUCAUGUACCGUGCUGCUAUUAUAAAAAACGUAGUAAAUGUACUGGUACCCAGUAGGUGUUUGAAUGAAUGUUUUAUUGUAGAGGAGUUACAUUGGGUUAAUAUCAUUGACCUUGUAUUUACAAUGGUUGUCCCGUGCUCUGUUAUUAUAACACUUUAUAUGAAAAUCUUUGUGGUGGCCAGAUCACAGGCCAGAAAGAUAUUUUCAAAAGAGGCUGCCAGAGUGUUUGGUGUUAAAACUGUACAGGCAAAUAAGUCUGAGAGGAAAGCAGCAAAAACUCUAGCUAUUGUUGUUUUCAACUAUCUAAUUUGUUGGAUUCCAUUUUUGUUCAUAAAUAUGUUUUUUUUUUCAAGUGACAAUUUAUCAUUUAUCAUCGGCUUUCUGCCACUUGUUAAUUCCUUAAUUAAUCCAAUAAUUUAUGCUUUCUUUUAUCCAUGGUUCAAAGUUACAGCUAAACAUAUUAUAACUCUGAAGUUAAGGCGUUCAUAGUUCCUAUAUUUAUAUAUAUAUUUUUUAAUCUACAAGCAUUGGUUGGAUAUAGCUAUGUUAAACAAUUUCUCUAAUUGCUUCUUUCAUGUAACAAUACACUGACAUUACUUACAGUAUCUCAGUAUUGUCAUUAUAGAUACAUGUGGUUUUGCUACAGAAUUAUUUGGCUGGAUUGGAUUGGAAUGACUUGGAGAAGGCAUUA